UGUGGUGCUCGUGUAGUGUGCGGGUGUGUGUGUCUCGCGCUAGGCAGAGUGAUCCAGUGAUGCAGAGCCAGCAGUGAGUUGAGUGCCAGAGCGACAUGCUGGCCGCGUUGCAGGGGGGGCUGUAUACCUCCCCCUCGCGCCCCCUGCCCCCCACGCCCCCGAUGGUGACUCCCGCUAAUGGGGCAGCUCCAGCUGGUCCCUCUCCUAAAUCUCGUCAUCAGUUGCAGUAUUGCGAUGCCUGCAACACCGCCUGCGUGUUCAUGAACAGUCGGCGGCGUAAGUUUCAGGCUCGAUAUGAAGGCUACGUGCUGCUCAAGAGAGUGGCGGCCCUCAACAUGCGGCUACACCUGCCCUACGUCAUGGCCGAGGGCGAGAGUCCGCCCUACCACCGACGUCACUCCUGCGGCGACGUUCUCGACGAGAAUGGUGACCCACCUUCUGACAACCAAAACCUGCAACCUCAGCCGCCCCUGGAGACCUCGCCGCCGACCUCUUACAUGCGGUCACAGUCACACAGUGAGUGGCUCCGCCCCGAGGACGACGCUCCUCCCCCCUGGGAGAAGGUGGUCAACAUGGAUGAACCGUGUCAACUAGACCUACGUCCCACCACUCCCACCCCCACUUCCACCGCCGCCCUCUCCCCCCAACCCUCUACAGUAGGAGUUGUGGACCCUGCAGGCCGUAAACCCCGGCGGCACUCGGCCAUGAUGGAGCGCCUGGCCUGUGGUCACCAGCGUCUGUGUAGGAAGAAGUCUCGCUCACAAGACAACUUGGUGGGUCGCAGGGGCAGUGGGGGCGGUGGGCCUCUGCGACUCAAUAACAGCGUCAUCCCGGCCCCCGCGGCCCUCACCACUUCCCUCUCCCGUUCCGAGGGCAGCAUCCACAAUGUUCACGCCGUCUUGAGCACGGUGCCCAUCACCGUCGAUGACGUCGACGUGGGCGUGGGCGGCCUGAGGGCGGAGGUGGGUGAACUUGCUCGCUUGCCCAAGCGGCUGCUGCACCGCGUGACAGGCGAGGUGGGGCAGCUUGUGUUCGACCUUGAGGGCUGGAGGGAGGAAUACCUCGUCCUUACCCACACCGCUAUCGCCGCCAGGACGUCGACGGGUCUGUUGGAGUCACUGGUGCCGUACUCACAGAUCGAGGAGGUACACGUGGUGGUGCCCUGUGGUACUUCAGGUCACAAGUUCUGCGUCAGAGUCAUUGUCAGAGACGGCGCCCUCCUCCUACAGGCGAAUAACUCCUACACGAGAGACCAGUGGCUCCACUCUAUUAUAUGGAAGAAAAACGUGUAUAAAUACCGUAACGUGUUGCGGACAGCUCAGCGGCCUGAAGUACUCCUCAAAGAGCUCAAGAACCUGGUGGAGCUGUCCUUGGCCACGCCCCUCCACGACCACACCGUCUGCCGGGUUCCCCUCGAACUUGCCUCCUCCAUUCUCACCACGGGUGAGAAGUGGCUGAGUCGACAGAUGACUGAGGAGAUCAUCGUGACGCUGGCCCCCCUCCUGGAGAACAACCAACCUUCUCCAGAGAUCUGUCAGUUCUUCAGUCAACACUGUACAGAUAACCCUCGCUCGUGCCUCGUCAUCGACAUGUUCACGCCCAUUAUUAAAAGGAUACUGAAACACAAUGUGGACUUUGGAAAGUAUCCAUAUGUGCGUCGUUUUGUGCAGGACUACAUCCAAGCUCUCAAUAGUCAGAAUGAUGGACGGAGAGUUGUGCAUGAGUUUGUGCACAGUAUGCAUGGGCUGACCAGCACGUGCCCUCACCUGCGAGUGUUACCAAACCUCGUGGCUGUCUGUACGGCAGCUGUGUGUGUCCUGGUUGCGGAGCAGAAGGAUCAGGAACGUCUCAAUUCUCUUCACCAAACUAAUGACGAUACUAUUAACAAUCUUAGCUGCUACCUGAGUGUUCUUAACAAAAUCUGUGAGUAUGAUGACUGGAGACCUGGCCUUGCUCAGCUCCUACAGCCUAUCCCCUUUCCUGAUGUAGCUCUUGCAGACGAAGAAUUCAUCAGACAAAUCCUGCCAAUUGUUGAGCAAAUUGGGACUGAUACUCGAUGUGAAGUCCACCAAAUGGUGCUGGGGACACGGGACGACAAGGAAGGAUGGCUCAAUGUUCUCUGUCCCUCCUCUCUAGCCUGUGUGGAUGAAGGCUCAGCUUGGGCCUCUAUUUUGCAGACACUCAUUACCUGCUGUUGCAAGAGAAAGAAGUUCCUAGGAAUGUUGGUUAAGUCUUUGGGUGCUUGUAUGCUGUUGGCUCUCAGAGGGAAUGUCACUGCCCAGGAUGUGUUGUGUCUAAUGUUGGAGUGGAAGCUCAUUGAGGGGUCAGACCAGAGCCUCCAGGUGGUGACAACACUGCAGUCAACACCCACGGGGAAAAGACGGUACCAGGCCCUAUGUGACCGCCAGAUGCAUCUCAGGGAAUUGGUCAUCCAUCAACAGAAAGGCGGCCCCAGAAAGCUCACUCUGCCCAGCCGCAGUACUGAUGCAGAUGUUAAUCGCAUGCUGUCUUCUGGCUCAUUUGGCAAUCUGGAGUGUCUUUCUUUAGCAUUUACCCGUGUUACCAGUGCCUGCGCUGAGCAACUCAUCAAACUACCUACCCUUCGCUACCUCAACCUUUGGGCCACCCAGUUUGGUGAUGUGGGACUGCAGCUUAUAUCUGAGCAUCUUCACAAAUUACAAGUUCUCAAUUUAUGUGAAACUCCAGUUACAGACAAAGGUCUUGAAGCUUUAGCAGCCAUCAAGAGCCUGAGAAAGUUAAACCUUAAUAGUACAAGCCUAUCUGUACAAACUUUUGAAACACUAAAAGAAACACUGCCAUCCCUUCUCGAGGUAGAUGUGCGAUAUACAGACGCCUGGUGACCCUCGCCUCCCUCUGCUGACGCUCUUGAUGUCAGCAGAUCACCGGCUGGACCCACUGCUUUUCUUAGGCGCAUCCUGAACCAGCUUGGGCGGAGGAGGAGAGACAGAGACAGAAAGCAGCAAGACUCACCUGGAGAAGAAAAGAACAACACUCGGCGAGACUUCAUGUGUUUACCGAGGUUUGAUGGGAAAGUUCUCUCCAAAAAGAACUGUUUAGUCAAAGCCAAAAGUGAAGAACAGAGCACUGUCAGGAGGAAUCUUCUUGUCAGAGCCAGAAGUGAAGACCAAAGCACAAUUACAAGAAAUAUACUUGUCAGAGCCAACAGUGAAGAACAGAAUUCUUCAACAAAGAAUGUUCUUGUCAGGGCUAACAGUGAAGAACAGACUGCCGUCACGAGGAAUCUUCUCGUGCGAGCCAAUAGUGAAGGUAAGAGGUAUAAGAUAAGUAACCUUCUUUGUGAGAGACAACGUGCAGUGGCCAGCCAGGAGACUGUGCAUUACAAAGACUAGAACUUAUCACCCUACCAGUACCCCUGCAAAUGUAUGUAUUAUUGUGUAAGAAAAUAUAAUUCAUAUUGAAUAACACACAAGACAGGAAAUGAAGAACAGGUUGCCCUCAAAAGGAAAGCAUUGCAAACAAUAAUAACUGUGGAAAAUAUCAGUUAUGAAAAAUAUUCAUCCUCAGUAUCUUAAUAUUAAUUUGCUCCGUAUAGGGAUAGUUGGAACUUGUUUUAUUCCAUGCUGACUGAACUAAAGACUCUUUUUUUUCUUUGGGAAAUAUUGCUUAAAGCCUGGAAGAAUCUUAAGUCCUCAAAUGCAAUUUAUCUUUUUUGUUUUAUACAUACAUACAUACACACUGUAUAAUGCAAAUAUGUAUGUAUAUGAUAUGAUCAGAAAGUACAGAAAUAAGGUGUUUAGUUCUGAAAGCAAUUUAUUUCAUUACUUGUUACAUAUUUAUUUUGGUAGUGUGUAUCCUAGAGUGUGUCUCCAUCGCACUAUUCCUGUCAUACUGUUUGCAACAAUUCUUGAACUUCAUCUUGGCGGCAGUACCUGUAUUAGUAUGGGAGAUCAUAGUACAGGUUCUAGUUGUGGAGAUAUCCUCCCUCCCCACCCCCCCAACUCUUUCAACAGCUUCCAUUUGGGUGUGCAGUGCAGAGGUCAGAGGUUAUUGUACAACUGACCAUUUUUAAAUGACUCACUUUCUGCCAGUUUACAAGUCAUUCUAAACCUCUAUACUAUAGUAUAGUUGAGAUAAAUUUCACCCACUUGCAUAUCCCUUGACCAUGAUAUAUGUACUACAACACUGCAAAUUUUCUCAUGUGAACAUUUUUGCAUUAUCAUUUUCAGCUAUUCAUUGUGCUUACAGAUCUUUGUCAUUAUUUUCUGAUCAACCUAAAUACUGAAAGCAUAUUUAUUGUAUCUUAAGAUUGUUACAUAAAGUACAGUACAGUACUAGUUUCAGUCAAUCAUUCUCACCUUAUUUGUCAGUACAAUACAUAGCUUGUAAGAGAUUGCUAUAAGUCAUGCAUUAAGAAAUGUGAGUGAAUCAUAAUAACUGCAAUUUGUUAACAAAAUAGUUCCCAGGUACAAAACAUAUGUACUGCAUAUAGGAAAAAAUUUUUUUAGCCAAAUUUUACUAAAUUAUUUUUAGCAACAUGAAUUUGCUUCAAAAGGUGUAGCAGUGCCUCUUCUGGUGUGCAUAUGUUAUUUAUAGGAGUUGGGGUGCAGUACUAGUGGGCUGGAACAUUGGUAGGAGCAGAGGCAGAGUUAGAUCACAUAUGUGUCAUCAUUAGGAUCUACUGGUACAGUACUGUACUCCACAUAUUGUACUGUACUUCUGAUGGUGUUGGAGGAAGAUCUGCUCUUAGUGGAUUGUUUGAUGACCAAGAAGGAACUGGUGACCUGCUUGAGGGAGGAUCUCUAGUAACUUAGAAAGAAGGAACACCAAUUGUGCUGACUCUUGACUUGUUCUGUAGAAAAUUCUCCCCAUGAUAGAAUGUACAGUACAGGUGUAAGGUUGAAAACUAUUUCUGCAGUAUUUUUCCUAGAAAUUUUGACUUUAUCUUCAUCUGAGUCCUUCCUUCUCAUUGUCAUUUUCAUAAGUUUAGUUUGGAUUUGUAACCAUAUAAUUUUCUUUGAAUGUAGUACAGUAAUGGAGAACUGGACUUCCCGGGUAAUAAGUGUUUGGGUACCAUGUUGUUGUUAAAGUGUUCUGUACUACAACAUGUAUAUUUCUUAUUCCAAAGACUUGCUGGGCAUUCUUUAUAUUCCCUAAGUCAUAUUUAUAAUGUUUAAGUGAGUCUGACUGUGAUGUCUGAAGAAUGGAUAACAGUGAAAAUAUUAAAUUCAGGUACAGUACAGUACAGUACAGUAUGCACGGAAGAGCAUUAGAAGUGUCAUAUCUCUUUGUCAAGGUUAUGCAUUUAACUUCAUUUCUUCAUUAUUCAUUGUGAGAGCAAGAUAAUAGCAUUGAUGGGCAUUUGUUCUCUUUGUUUACUUUAAUAAAAAUUAAGUUUCAGAACUAUAUUUCUGAAAAAGUUUUAGAAGAAGCCAUUGUAUGGGGUUGUCAUUGUCUAAAACACACACACACACACACUCAUACUCACACACACACACACACACACACACAUAUAUUUACUGUAUAGGUAUAUGUAUGCAUGUACUGUAAUAGAAAUUUACAUUUUAAGAAAAAUGAUAUGUAUUACAUUUUUAACUUCAAACCCUGUAUUGUAAUGAUAAUUUCAUGGCCUCUAGGUCAGUCAUUAGACAAGUAAUUUCCCCACCAGCACCUCCUGUAGACUCUGCCUCGCCCAUUGUUCUGAAAUGGGCAUUGUCUUGUUAGGUCAGUGUAAUUUAUUACUUUAACAGUUUCUUACUCAGAUGAACUUUGGUUUAAAAAGGAAGCUCCCAUCUUUAUCUUGGUAAGAGUCAAGGAGAUAUCAAGUCACCUGGUAUGACACACUGUGAUACUUUGUUUGUAUAGGUUACUUUCCUCAAACCCUGCAGUCAUAACUUAGGGUUCAGACUUUUCAGACUUCAGUCUUCACACUUCACCGAUCUUUGGCUUACUGUCGACAAGAGUUACCUUUGUUCUUCUCUGUCCUUUAAUAAUUUUUUUCGUUUCUUUCAUAAGUUGACAUGGUAAACUAGUAACGGAUUAGGUCUGUCUUCCCUUUAUUUAUUUCUCUUUACAGGGUACUUAUCAUUACUGGGAGAGUUUACCCAUUUACUAGCUUAUUUAUGAAUGGCUUAAGAUUUUGCUCUCCAGACCUUUACAAGACAUCUUAUAAUGUCUAAGUGAAAAAUCUUGUAGAUGCUUCAGAGCAAGACAAGAUCUUAAGAUUAACCUACAGUACUUUGUUUUUAAAGUGAGUUUAUCUUAGCUGGUAUUUUCAGUUGCUUCUCUUGAUGCAUGACUUCUUUCUUAACUGGUUUGAAAUCUUGUGGGUCACUUAUUAAAUGAUCUGUAGGUCAUAAAAUAAAGGUUUAAAGUUUGAAAUCUUAGUUUAUGAUCAAGGGGAAAGUGGCCUGGAAUCCUACCAUCAUCCCUUGGUGGGUUCCUCUUUCUGUAAGAGAAUUUAUCUUAUUUUACCUAAUGGCCACCCACUAGAGGUGGCCAUGCUGAGAGGAGGAGGCCAGUGGCCUCUGUGGAAUCCUUCCAUUGUUCUUGAUAAUAUUGUUAAGGGCCCUUUUGAAGCUCGGUACUCUUCUUGAUUCCACAGCUUGGGCUGGUAGACCGUUCCAUAGGUCUACCAACCUCUGUGGGAAAAAGUAUUUCCCUAAAUUCUUUCUGCAUGAUAACUUGGUGAGCUUGUAGCUAUGUCGACUCAUGAGGAAUGAAGAUUAGAAUUCAAAUUUAUGACCGAGAUGUUUGAGUCGGUUGAACCAGCUCAAUGAUUCACACAGGUGCACCCAUUGACCUGAUAGCUUCUUGAAGCACAACCACUGGAGCUUGUUUCAUGAAUCAUUGUUCACCUAUGCAGUAAAUUACAGUGAUCUGAGAGGACAGUGUACCUACCUCAGAAAGCAGAUAUUCCCCUUGGCAAGACAGGAUCUGCCAAAGGGUGUUCUAGCUGAGUAAUCUUGCAGGUCAUUUGUCUUUUCUCCUUAGCCAUAAAAUGUGAUUUCACAAUUCUGAUCUUUAUUUUAUUUUGUUUCUGUUAUUUUGGGGGGGUGGGGGAAUAGCUUGUAAUUUUUAAUUGUUCUUUACAGCAGUAUAACUUUGCUCUGAGUUACAAAUGUUACAAGCUGUAUGAAUGGAUGCCAUUGUCUACCCUCUGUGGGUCAAAAGUGUUUAAAUAUUAGUUAUUUAUUAUUUAAAAAGUGAAUUUGUUACCAAAGUUACUUAUUAUGUAUUUCAUACUCAAGAAAUGUUGGAAAACCAUCCCUCACAUAAAUCAUGGGAUUGCAUAUGUGCAACACAUUAAUAAUGGAGCCAGUAAACAGUUGAAGUAAUUGUGUUGGUAAGGCUUUUGUGCAUCAAGUGGUUAAUAUCAGAAAGUUUCUUGAGGAUGGCCUUAAGCAUGAAAUAACUUUAUCAAUAAUAUUAAUUAUUUAUUUACUGUGAAAAUUUGCUAUAUUUAAUUCAGGGUGUCAAUAGAUCUUAAGAAAAGUUUUAUUAUUUAUGGUUUGCAGCACAAAAUAUUCACUUUGAGUUUAAACAAAGUUUCCAAUUUUUCCAUGAAGUCAUAGUUAGUUAGUGUGGUACUCAGUCCGACGGCAUCCGGUGGUAUGUACUGUAGACAUGUCCUUUUAUGAUAGGAAGUGCAUAAUUUGAAUCAAAUCACUUGUACUCUCGACACCAUCAUCCAGUAUUCAUUAUGGGUGCCAUAUCUAUGUAUGUAUUAGAUCCUUUUCACCAACUCACCCUAAGUGAUGUGCUUUAAUUGAUAUGAUGGCCAAAAUAUGUGAUUGCUAUCUAGUAAUAAAUAUAUUACUACUACAGUAUUUUAUACAGAAAACUAUUUUGGCUCUUAAUGAAGCAUAUUAUAUGCAGUAUUGUAAUUAAUGAGUAGGUUGACAGUUCAUUAUUUAUUAUUUAAUGGAAGUGCCAACUAAUGGCAAUGAUCAAUGUGUUUGUUGACGCUUGGGCAGGCAGUUAUGUUAACCUGUCUUUACUGCGUCUUUAGUCAUAAUUUACAAUAUUAUACUGUACUAUACUGUGGAUGCCAAUGGGAUCAAAUAGAUCCAAAAGCCUUGCUAAUAUAAAAUGCAAUGAUUUAUGUCUAGCUAUAGGUUGUACAACCACUUAUUUAUUCAGGUGUAAAAAUUAAGGUUAUGCAUAUUGACAUUCAUGGUAAAAAUUUUAGGCAGUUUUGAACUUGACACAUGACAAAGCUGUUGGGUAUAUGAAGUGUGCAUAUAUGUUUUUACACCUGACUUCCAACAUAAUUGAUAUGUAUCAUGGUUUGCUUGUACUAAAUGCAGUUUGGUGGUGUGAAAAGUUCUCUGAUCUAUAUGUGAUCAUGAAUUAUUCAGGUCACCAUAAGUUGCAAAAAUAGUUGUACGUCACGCACGGUGUCACGGGUUGCCUGGGUUAUCUCGGGUUACUCGGGUCAUGAAACCAGGUGUCAGUCAGUACUUUUAAGUUAUGUACAGUGUGUAUACAUUGGGCGACAGUUUAUUUAUUUCUGUCUACCACAAAGCCUUGUGAGCUUUGAUUGUCAUAAUUAUUAUAUCACACUUUCUGUCUAAUUUCACGCUUGUGUGCUCGGUGUGAAGCUUCCACAAAUGUGUUUUGGAUCCUACAGGAUGAGUAUUGAUUCUUUAAUGAAGGAGCUGUGUUUAUUGAGAAGGAACAUUGUGGUAUGAUUUAUGAUGUUUUCAUUCCAAAAUUGACCCAGGUUAUGUGAAAAGUUAAGUACCUGGUAUUUCAUUAUGUUUGAAUAUUAAAGUUGUAAUUGUUGUAAGUGCAGGGUAAGAGUGCAUGGUGUCACUUAAGACCCUCAUCAAGAUAACUUCUGGGAUAUACAGUAACUGUGUACAGUACUGCUUUGUUAUUGUCAGUAUAAUACUGAAUGUGACAUGAUCACAAGAUUGAAGUUGGAGUGAAAUCACAAUGAAGAUCAUUUCAUCACCAAGUAUGAAAUGGGUUUUUAUUGAAGAUUAGCAUAAUUUGGUGAUCAGUGUUUGACACCAGUGAUGCUAUCUGUGAGUCAUUUUAUAAUCUGUCUGUGAUUUCUAAAGUUAAUGUAUGAAGUUGUGUUGCUCAACAGCCACAGGUGAGAGCAGACAGGAGGGUGAAUAAUGUUGUUAGAAGAGAGAUGAUAAUUUAGUAGAAAAAAAAUGAGUAAGAUCUGUGUAAUACAUUAGAAAUGGGAAUUAUUUUGGGGGACAGAAGCCAUAAUACAGUAGCUAAAUUAAAUUUGUAUUUUACUGGAUUGGAAAAAAAAAGCUUUUUGUUUCAUUGCAAAAAUGGGAAGAAAAUGCAGGUUCUUGUGAAGGUUGAGUCUCACAUUUUAUAGUGUCAUCUAUGAUAUGUUGAAUUGCAACCUUGAAAAGGACUCCGUCUUUGUCUGUUUGCUCUCAGAUGUUGCUCUGUUCAGAACUAUCCCACCCUAAUAUUACCUUCGAGUUAGAGGGCAGAAACCACGACACCAGUGUAUGUUUAUUCCAUUUUGUACACCCCCAUAAUUGUGUGGAUGGAAAUAUCUACACAUCAGUGUAACCUUGUAUAAAGGUAAGCUGUACAGUGUAAAACUGCAGAUGAUGAUGUUUCUAUAUGACUGAGACUGCUGCUUACUAUUCAUAUUUAUUUAUCACAUAAUUGACAUAAGCUAUUAUUAUAGAUUAAAGUUGUAAUAUGGAUAACUAGAGAUGCAGUCUCACCUUUAUAUUAAGCCUUAUCAUACUAUUUAUACAACUUCUACUGUCUAUCAUAGUAUUUAAAUGUUUGAGUCGUAGUAUAUGAUUCGGGGAUGAUAUCAAACUAGACAACAAUUACAUGAAUAUGAUUUUGUAAGUAAAAUCAAAAGUUGUGUGAAAUCACUGCUGUUUGCCGUCCCCAAGAUGUCAUUGUAAUGUUUGCCAUUCAGAUAAAAGCUUACCGUGAAGGAAAUUUCCAUGUA